AUGAUGAAAAAUAUUGAUAUUCCUAAAGGGUGUGAAUGGCGUUUUGAAGUUGAAGAACCAGGGAUUCAAAUCCGGCUUGCAACUGGAAAUGCCGAGUAUUUUGGUACAGAACUCGCUUUGGGCCCUCCCUACGAUUUCGAACAAGUUAAAGGAGCAAUCUUUACUUGGCAGGGUUGUACUCUAGAAGUGGAAGGAGAACCUUCUGUAGAGUAUGUAGCUGAAGAAACUCCUAUGUGUACAUAUUUAAAUCUGUAUUUUGCUUUGGAGAAUUUACGGAAAAAGGCUGAGGGCAAUGCUUCAAUGGAUCCUUCGAUUUCAGGUCCUAGAGUGUGUCUUAUCGGACCCAAAAGCUCUGGAAAAACGAGUGUUAUGAAGAUCCUAGAAUCAUACUCACUAAAACAAUCUCGACACCCCAUUUGUGUCAACCUGGACCCCAGUCAACCCAUGGUUGCUCUCCCAGGCUCUAUAUCCGCUUUUCACAAUGCCACCAUCUUGGACAUCCAAGAGGCAACUGGCUUUGGCACGAGUAUGUCCACUGGCCCAACUCACAUUCUUGCAAAGUCUCCUCUGGUUUACAAUUAUGGAUUGGAUAGCCCUUUUGAUAACCCAAAACUUUACAAGUCUUGUUGUUCUCGUUUAGCACUUGCUGUAAAUUCUCGAAUGACUCAAAGCUUGGAUGCAUCUGUCUCUGGAUGUCUCGUCGACACAUGUUCCUUACAAGAAAACAAUGAGCGCUACCAAGAUACUCUUCACUCUAUUAUUACAGACUUUCGUAUCAAUAUUGUCCUUGUAUUGGGCUCGGAGCGAUUGUACAGCACUAUGAAGCGUAGUUACAGUGACGCCUCUUGGCUUUCUGUUGUCAAACUUCCGUCAAGUGGAGGAUGUAUUGAAAGAGAACCCGAAUGGAUUGCAAAAUGGCAGUCUAGAUGCUUAAAGCAAUACUUUUACGGAGAUGAACGAAUGCCUCUUUCUCCGCUUUCCAUUAUCGUUGAUUCCACCCAGUUAGUAGUCUAUCGCGUGUUAGAAGCAUCAGAAAGUGGGCCAAAGUCUUCGGUUCUUCCUAUAGGUUUUGAAGAAGAAUCUGGUCAAUCAGACGACAAAGGCACUUACAUGUCUUUAGCUCUUAGUGGGAAGGGUCAGUAUUUAGAAAGGAUUACAACUGAAGCAAUGACGAUUUUACAGAACUCGAUUCUGGCGAUUUCAAGCGUAAGUGAAGAUGAAAAUGAAACUGCAAUUAUUGAUUCUUGUAUACUCGGCUACGUCUUUGUCACCGAUGUAGACGAUGUGAAAAACCGAAUGACCCUUCUUUCGCCUGUACCAGAUCGACUUCCAAGUAAUGCUUUAAUUAUGGGAACUUGUAAAUGGCAGGAGUAA